CUCCUCCUGGUGACGUCAUCACCUGCCAUUCAAUCUCCCUACUGCGGAUUCUGAUUGGAAUGGCGGACGCAGCCUUCUGAUUUCGGCUGCAACCCUCUGGAAAAAAUCAUCACUCUCCUUCUACUCCACCAUUCCCUCCAUCAACGACAUUCCCCUCUCAACCGUGCAAGAUAUGGUUGUGUUAAAGGGAUAACCGAGGAGGGAUCUUCGAACUGCCAAACCCUCCCAUUGCAGCUAGCAGGACCGGCGCUGGCCAUAGGACCGUGUCAUCUUCGUAUCAGUUCACAAGGCGCAAGGGACUGAGCCUCUUGUUUUCCUCAAAAGAGAAGGGACUCGCACCAGCUUAUCCAAGGGAUUUGAAGGCCUAGACAUCUAGAGGUUCACCAUGCCAUCGUUCCACCAUCUCGUACGGAGGCAGGGGCCGGCCCAGGCAGCUCCACCUCCGCCCGUAGCACAGGUUCCCCCCGCCGGACAGGUGCCCCCUGCCGGACAGGUUCCCCCGCGGCCGCAAGGUUACCAGCAGUACCCACCGCAAGGCUAUCCUCAGUACCCACCCCAGGAGUACUACCCACCCCGCUAUCCUUAUCCACCGAAUCCCUACCAGCCGGCGGGGCCGGGGGUUCCAGGGCAAGGCUUUGCCCCUAACGCCGCCGCUGCAAUAGGGACAACUGUCGCCGCUCUCAUCAAUGGAACCGCAGCCCCGACACCCCCGCUCACGGGGGCCAAGGGCUUCGAACACAAGAUGGAGGAACUCUUCAAGAAGAUUCCUCUGCCGAUGUGGGCCAUCUACACCAUUGCGGCCGUCAUCGCACUUAUCUUGCUCGCCUGUAUCGCCUGCAUCUGUAAGAAGUGUGUCUUUAAGAAGAAGAAGAAGGGCAAGGGCGAAAAGGGCGGCAAGAACGUCAUAGAUCUCAAAGAUGUCAAGAUGCUCGGCAACAGCUACAAGGAAAAAGUUCAACCGGAUGUGGAAGAAAUCGACGCGGGUCUGGAGGGGGAGGGGGGUGACAAUGAGUCGGUGCAAGAGAAGGUCAACUUAGGAAAGCUACAAUUUUCACUCGAUUAUGACUUCGAAGCCGGACAGUUGAAAGUCGGUGUGAUCCAAGCUGCAGACCUGCCUGCCAUGGACAUGGCGGGGACGUCUGACCCUUACGUCAAGGUCAUGCUGCUACCCGACAAGAAGAAGAAGUAUGAGACCAAGGUGCACCGGAAGACGCUCAAUCCUGUGUACAACGAGACGUUCGUUUUCAAGGACGUCAAGUUCAACGAGAUCGGCUCGAAGACACUGCGCUUGGCAGUGUACGAUUUUGACCGGUUCGGAGGCCAUGAUAUCAUAGGUGAAAUCAGGAUACCCAUGAACUCAGUGGACUUGGGCCGGGUCAUAGAGGAGUGGCGUGACCUAGAAGCCGCGGAAAAAGAAGGCCAGAACGAAAAACUGGGCGAUAUUUGCUUUUCCCUCCGCUACGUGCCGACCAAAGGCCAACUGACGGUCGUGAUCCUCGAGUGUAAGCAGCUGAAGAAGAUGGAUCUGGGUGGAGCCUCCGAUCCGUAUGUGAAGAUCUACCUGAUGAUGAAUGGGAAGCGUCUGAAGAAGAAGAAGACCACCGUGAAGAAGUGCACACUCAACCCGUACUACAACGAGUCCUUCAAGUUUGACAUCCCGUUCGACCAGAUCCAGAAAGUGGAACUCGUGAUCACCGUUCUGGACUGGGAUGCUAUCGGAGGAUCCGACCCCAUCGGCCGCACCGUAUGCGGCUGCAACGCCACCGGAGCCGAGCUGCGCCACUGGUCCGACAUGUUGGCCAACCCGCGGCGACCGAUCUGUCAAUGGCACACCUUACAGGAGGUGCCUGAGGACAAGUAAGGUCCUUAGCGGACGGGACGUGUACGUAAAGAGGGUAAAAACAUCCGUAUUUUAGAGGACAAACAAAAAAUGAAAGAAUUAAGAGGAAACAUCCGGGAACUUGCAGCUGUCGCUAAGUAUCCGAUUUGCGAUCAUCGCAAGAUACAUGUACCUUUGUGGACAUAUUACAAGAAAAUAUUUGUAUAAAUGAUAACUCUACUCGCGAAGAGAACUUCGGUUCCGGGGACGAACUAGGCGAUCUGGAAUAUUCGCGCCCGCAUGUAUUUUGUUUGGCAACUUGGAUCGAUCUAGAAAGUGAGAUAGAAAGGAGUGGAUUCCUUUCCAAGCUCAUUGCUCUAGCGAAGCAAGGGCAAGGAAUGCGAUUGCGAAGAUUUCCUGCUUCGUCCCCGCUGCUAAUAACUGUACGUGUAGCCAGCCAUCUCUGUAUUUGUGUGUUUUCUACAAUUCACACAUAAUCUUUGUCGUUUGUCGUUGUUGUCGGUAAUUCUGUAUAAAUGUGACAGGGGUAUUGUACAUGCCAUGGCAAUGGGAGGGAGUUUAGGUGUAAAAAAGGCGAUAUAAGGCAAUUUGAUGCGUACAUUUUGCUGUUAUGUGGGUCUGUGUUGAAGCUGUACUGGGGGAAUAAUCGGUAUAUGGGUCUACUAAUCCAGGCGAAGAGAAAACAAAGUGAGGCGCAACCACCAGCACAAAACGCUUGGUCUACAACAUGCUAGCCUACGUCGACCUUCUCUGCCGAAACCAACAUUUCAAAGAUUACGUACCAAAAAGUAGGAGUUCUACUUACACGUUUGCCUGACCAGGGAGAGUCCUCCGACCAAUUUUCAUACCAAUUAUUCCCCCAUACUGGUUUAUUUCCCUCAGAUUGGCCGUGUAGCGAUUGACAAUCUUCUUCCAAAAGGAGACAGGGCGUGUGGUCUACGUUAAAAGGUUUACAAUUUCGAUCAUUGACAGAUUGCCAUCAUGAUGACCGGGUUCUAUGAAAAAGGAGACAUCGUGCACAGAGUUUGUUGGCACCGACGUGCAAAAAACAAUAUAAACCUCGCUGACAACUGUGUACAUGUGAAAUCACAUGUGGUACAAACAUAUAUGAGAGAAGAGAAUAACAAAGGACGACAAAAACUACCAACAUCAGUUUAAAACUGUUCAAACCGAGCAUCUUAGCAUCUUUCGAUCGACGUCAUAAUAAGACCUAAUAUCACGGCUUAUAAAAUCUCGCCGUCUCUCGCGAGACCCUUCGCGUGGCCAUCUUAGCGCAGAGGAAUUAGUACUAGCUAUUGAUGAUUUCACGUGUCCUAGUAAUAUCGACAGGCGGUCUCGUAUGUUUUGUUCCAUAAAUAUGUAGAGUGACGGUGUUGAAUUUUCUUUCAAUAUUCAGUUAUGUGCUUUUGCAGGUUUGCCAUAGCAACACCUGUGUAGUUGAGAGCGUGAUGUUCAUGGGGUGAUUGACUUGUGUCUGAAGAAAUGUGUAUAUAUUGUAACAAAUAGACUAGCAGACCACCGUAUGAUAAUCAAAACAGGCCGAACAGUGCAAUCUUAAGAAACUAGCUCACCUACUACGAUGUAUAUGUGUUGCGGCACGUAGUACUUAAGUGUUCCUCCUUGAGAAACCUUCAAGGCGAGACACCACCGUGGGUUGAAAAAAUAGUCUUAGUCUAGCCAGUCUAGUGCGUACCACACGUAAAGUCAGUAGAUCUAAGUACUUUAACGGGCAUGCGAUGAAGCUCAGAAUGACUGGAAUUACGUAGUUUAGCCCCGGCUGUCUAUCUGAUGUGACAAAAGUAAGGACCUCUGAACGGAAUUUUGUUGGUGUAUUGUUCUCCCUCGGCCGCCGGUUUCUUUGGUGAGCGCACAUACAGAGGGCACCAUACUUCUGGGUGAUACUAAGUCGGAUACUGCUGUAUUUGUGUCUACUCAAACUUUUGUUCAUUGUGACUUUUGAGUGUUAGAUGUCAUGGUACAUAGUGCUAAACAAGUUUGGUACAAUGAGUUGUUCUUGAUAGUAGGGUCGUGAUGUUAUAUUUAACAGACAAUGUGUGGUUCGUCAAUAUUUACCCAGGGUUUACCAAUUCUUAGGGUUUCUUGGAAUAGUCAAACAGUACACAUAGCGAUGACCUUACAUCAUGUAGCGGAAUGCCUCUAUCAUAUAUAGCCUAAUACCGACGACAAACAGAUUGUUUCCUCACUCAAUACGUAACCGAAAUAUCAUUAAUAUAUCUGCUGUACUUGCACAAUCUAAUAACUUGUCACAGAGGUUAAGGCGCUUUAGGUGUAAAUAAGGAGAAUGUAGAAUACUAUGUAUACGCUAUAGCUCUUUCUGAAGACAUGAAAUCAUUAUGGAGAUACUAAGAUAUAUUGUAUAUUGGUAAAUGUUAUGACACUGUGCUCCCUCCACAUGUAGCUUAUUGUUCGGACAGAAAUAAAUGUUGGACACUGUACACAGGA